AUGGCCCAGGAAGUGUGCAGCUUAAAGGCUCAGCUGGAGGAGAAAGAAAAAGAGAUUUCUGUUUUGAAGAAGAAGUUGGCACAGCUGGAAAUGAAGGGUCAUGGACCAGAACUGACGCUAAGUAACAAAGCAGAGCCACUCAGCCCGCUGACAGCUAAACCAAGGCUCAGCAACGAGGACAUCAUGCGGUACAGCAGGCAGCUCCUUCUGCCUGAGCUCGGUGUUAAAGGUCAGCUGAAUUUAUGCAAGACAUCAGUGCUGAUUGUGGGCUGUGGUGGACUAGGUUGUCCUCUGGCCCAGUAUCUGGCAGCAGCAGGCAUUGGGCGCCUCGGCCUGUUAGACUACGACGAAGUGGAGCUCAGUAACCUGCACAGGCAGGUGCUUCAUGGGGAGGAGGACCAGGGCCAGGUCAAGGCUCUGUCUGCUGCUGGUUCAGUUAAAAGGCUAAAUUCUUCUGUAGAGUGUAUUCCUUACCACCUGCAGCUCACGCCGGAAAACGCCUUGCAGCUCAUUCAGCAGUACGACAUCGUGGCUGAUUGUUCAGACAACGUCCCCACUCGUUACCUGGUGAACGACGCUUGUGUGAUCAGCGGCAAACCUCUUGUGUCAGCGAGUGCCUUGCGAAUGGAGGGGCAGCUGACAGUGUAUAACUACAAAGGAGGCCCCUGCUACAGAUGUCUAUACCCGGUUCCCCCACCCCCAGAGACUGUAACUAACUGUUCUGAUGGAGGAGUGUUAGGAGUAGUUCCAGGUAUAAUGGGCAGCUUCCAAGCUCUAGAGGUUCUUAAAAUUGCCUCGGGGCAAGGCUCUUCCUGCAGUCAGCACCUGCUGAUGUUUGACGCUCAGGAUCUCAGAUUCAGAUCCAUCAGGCUACGGCCCAAACAGGCUGGCUGUGCGGUGUGUGGAGAAAAUCCCAGCGUGACCCGGCUAAUAGACUAUGAGGCUUUCUGUGGGUCUGCUGCCACAGAUAAGUGUCGAAAGCUUAACCUCCUGUCCAGUGAUCAGAGGAUCACCGUCCAGGAAUAUAAAUCCGUCGUGGACGACUCUUCACCACAUAUCUUACUGGAUGUUCGCCCUCUUGUGGAAGUGGAGAUAUGCCACUUGCCCUUCUCUCUCAAUAUCCCCCUCUCCAGUUUAGAAGAUAGAAAGAGUGAAGAUAUCCAGUUACUCCAGGAGAGAAUCAGCCAGCUGAAACAGCAGAUGGCAGGUGACAGCCAGCCAGCAGCUUUCUUUCUCGUUUCUCUGUGGUUUCUUCCAGUUUAUGUGCUUUGUAAGCAAGGUAACGACUCUCAGAAGGCGGUGCAGGUUCUGGAGAAGAUGAGCGGAUCAGAGGUGGACACAGUCUCAGUCAAAGACAUCUGCGGAGGACUCGUGGCUUGGGCAAUGAAAAUAGAUCCAACAUUUCCACAGUACUGAAGCGUUUUAAAUCUUUUUCUGCUAAUAAACG